AUGGUUCAGUCAAGUCAUGAUCGAGAUGACGAUGUCCCUGUCCAAUUUAAUCCUACCGAGUUUGGUAUGACAGAGGAAGAUUUGGAGGCGGCAAAGCAUAGGAUUGACGAAGUGUCGGAUUCCCAAGUCAGAGAAGUUGUCCAGAACGUAUUGCAAUUUCACAGAAACGAUUUCAAUUUCCCCUCUGCGAUUCUGCACCGGUUUUCUGAGUUUUCCCGAACUCCAGAAGUUAGCCAGUCAGACAGGCCAGAAACUGUCCUUCUGCGGGCACAGGUCCGCUUGCUGGUAGCCCUGAUCUUGACGAACAGCCCUUACCCAGAAGUACGCGCCAUUGUCGGCAACAAGGAUGACCCGCAAACGCCUUGCUCGACAAUCCGGUCAUGGGCAAUUGGCCUUUUAUUCGUCGUCGGCGGAUCGGCAGUAAAUCAGCUGUUCAGCAUCCGUCAGCCUCCCAUCGGUAUCGCGCCUAUGGCAAUCCAGCUGUUGUCAUAUCCUCUGGGAAAGGCAGCAGAGCAGCUUCUGCCUGAUGUGGGAUUCAGCUUCUGCGGCGUGCGACACAGCCUUAACCCUGGACCGUUCAGCCCGAAAGAGCAUUUACUGAUUACUAUCAUGGCAAAUGUCCUUCCCCAGUACUACGGCCAGUCCUAUGCUUCAGCCUUUAGCUACCAGGUCCUGCUUUCCCUGUCAUCGGACUUGAUGGGAUAUGGCCUUGCCGGUCUAGUCCGCAAGUUCCUUGUAUAUCCGUCCUUCUGCCUAUUCCCCCAGUGUCUGACCACGCUUGCUCUCACUAAAGCCCUGCAUGGUGCCUUCGGGCCAUUCCGGAGGACGUACAACAUGUCCCGCUCCCGGUUCUUUAUGUAUGCCUUCGUAGGAAUGUUCUGUUACGCGUGGUUUCCUGGCUACCUGUUCGAAAGAUUGAGUAUCUUCAACUGGCUCAGCUGGAUAUCUCCCAGCAAUGUGAACCUGGCCGCAAUCACAGGUAUCCAAACCGGUUUGGGCCUCAAUCCAUUUCCAACGUUUGAUUGGAAUAUGGUCACUGCGGCACUCGAUCCGCUUGUGGUACCCUUGCUGGCCACCCUGAACGUGUUCGCCGGCGCCAUCGUCAGCGGGGUCCUCAUUGCCAUUUUUUGGUUCACUAACAUAUACUGGGCUUCUUAUCUGCCAAUUAAUACGAACAGGCUCUUUAAUCGCUGGGGAACGGCAUACAACGUUUCAGAAAUACUAGACUCCCACGCGCUCCUCGAUCAGGCCAGAUACGAACAAUAUUCAACCGCCUUUCUGGCACCGAGCAGUCUAGUCCGGUAUGCGUUCUUCUUCGCAACAUAUUCCGCGACAAUCUCGUAUUCCAUCUUUUAUCAUGGCCAGGCAAUCAUGGCCGGAUUUCGUAACCUGGUUCGCAAGACUGGUGGGGUGACGGCCAGUGCUACCGACAUCCAUUCCAGGCUCAUGCGCACGUAUAAAGAAGGUGAUCAUGCCAUAUCUAAACAGUUAGCGGACACCCAGGUUGCUAAUCGGCUGUUGCACCCAGUUUCAGAGAUAUGGUAUGCUGCGCUGAAUGUGCUUGCCCUUACCCUUGCUGUCGUCAUCAUCACGGCCUGGCCAACAUCCACAAAUGUUGGAGUCAUCUUUGUGGCGUUCUGUGUUUCAGCAGCCUUCUUGGUUCCAGUCGGUCAGAUUUACGCUCUCACAGGGAUUGCUAUCAACCUAAAGGGGCCUAUGGACGCCAGGAAAUCCCCUUUCAGUCAACUUUUUCAAGCUAUACGGUCCACUGAUGUGACCGCACCCUUCCUGACAACCAGAUACACCACCCUCGCCAAUGCGCUGCCAUUCAUUAGCGAUCUCAAACUGGCCCACUAUGCUAAGCUUCCACCUUGGCAUACCUUUUCAGCCCAGGUCAUUGCCACGGUCGUAUCGGCGGUUCAUUGGCCCUCGCAGGAUGUUUGGCCCUGGAGGUCCCUACUCGGCUUUACUCGCUGCGUUCCCGAUCGGUCUCACCCUGCCAGUGAUACUCUACUUCGCACAACGACAAUUAUACUGCUUGCGGCACAUAAAUCCAGUGAUGCUGCUGCACGGGGGAACCACUUGGUCGCCGCAUUCUCGUCGGCAAUUGCCAUUGCCAGCUUGUUAAUAUACUUUUCGUUGCAAUCUAACAACAUUGAGCUGCCCUGGUGGGGGAAUUAUGCGGAUUCGGGAUGUGAGGAACAUGCGUGUACCCGCCUGAGCUUGACAGGCGAAGAGUAUUUUGGACCGCGGGAAGGAGAAUGGGCAUGA